AUGCCGACCGUCUCUGGAAACGCUGCCGAGGACGAGGCCGAGCUGCUGGCGUGGUUAGAUCCCACAUAUAUGGGACGUAGGGACGCGGUCUGGGUAGUCAGACGGCCAAAAACAACCUCUUCCAGGCUGAAGGACGAGCUCGGUUCAUUCACGCCAAGAACGGAGCGGGUCGCAGGGAACGGAGCUGCCUACAUCAGAGAUGUCAAACCCUUUGGCCUGGUGGAGGCACACGGGAACGAAGAACGUCUUCCUCACAAGCUGCAAGCAGACCAGCGGUGGUGGAAGGAGUUCGCAGAUCGUCUGCUUCAUAAAAGUAAACCAGAUCAGUGCAUCAUGAAGACACCAAGAACGACUCCACAUGUGAUGAACCUCAGCGACGGUUCUGGUCCCCAGGUCGUCCGGCGGAUCUUCACCAACAGUCGGGAACGUUGGCGGCAGCAGAACGUUAACGGAGCGUUCGCCGAGCUGCGGCGGCUCAUCCCCACCCACCCCCCCGACAGGAAGCUCAGCAAGAACGAGAUCCUGCGCCUCGCCCUCAGGUACAUCCACUUCCUGGACCGACUGCUGGAGGACCAGGACCUCAGGGGGGUCCCCCGGGGCCGCUUGGAGAGCCUGGAGCGGGCGGCGCUGUCACCAAACUCCAGCUGCGAGAGCUCGGUGGAGGGAGACGCAGACGGCCUGACGGAGGAGCAGGACUGCGGCGGUCUGGGUCACCUGCAGUACCUUCGCCUGGCAACCCGCUACAGCUGAUCAGAUCCAGCAGAGACCAGGAGGAAGAGUCCGGCUGAUCCACCGUGUUGGCUCCAGAGGAGCACGUGCCGUAAAUCCUCUUUUGCUGAUUUUUUUUUCAUGAAGUUCGGGUCAACACAAGAACAUUUGCUGAUGUAAAAGAAACAGAGGUCGUCGGACCCGGUGUGGUCCUUUAAAAAACAGGUAUCGCCGUUCUGGACUGAGACCGAGCGGAGAUCUGAGAGUUUGUGAUAUUCACAUUUAUCAAUGGAGUCGUCGGUAAUGAAUGAUUAGACGUGUGUGAUUGUGCGCCGUGUUUGACAUGAAGUUCUGCGGGUCUGAGCAGAAAACUGUAGCCAGAUUUAGUUUCUUUGAUGUUAAAGGAACUUUUGGUGCUUUCAUUGUUUCAGUCGUUUACUGUGAUGUUUUGUAGAAAUGUCUUUGUUGUACGCCGAGUAUUUAUAUCUGAGCUGCACUAAUGUAUCUGUGAGAACACAGGUGAAUAAAAAUA